GUUCAAGACGACACUGAGAGGGAGGAGGGUGAAUGGAGAAAAGCGCCUCACAGUGUCAGUCAGCCCCUUCUCUGACUGUCUCUGCCGUCAGUCAGCUGCUGGUGGCCCCCACGCUCGCAGCCCAAUGUCGGGUCGCAGGGUGGGCUUCUGUCUCAGUGAUAAGAAGCGCAGGCGGAUGAACCUGGACGCGUUUAGAGACUUCAGUGCGAGGCAUGGAGUGGAAGUGGUGGAGAUUGAUCUCACUCAGCCACUGGGGCCCCAGGGUCCCUUUGACGUCAUCGUUCACAAGCUUUCUGAUGUCAUUGUGGAGGCUGAGCAUGACAGCAAAUCACAGCAGCUCCUGGCCAACUUCCAGUCUUACGUGUCAGCUCAUCCCAGUACAGUUCUUCUGGACCCUCUUCCCGCCAUGACCCAGCUUCUCGACCGCUUUGCAUCUUAUCGGAUCAUGGGCAAGUUGCGCAAUUCACUCCGAGACUGGCGUAUCUGCAGUCCUCCUCACGUUGAGGUCCACAGCAGCAGUGACCUCUCAUCCAUUCAGCAGGCUGUGAUAACACAGGGCCUGAGUUUCCCUCUCAUUUGUAAAACCAGAGUGGCACAUGGCUCACUCUCCCAUGAGAUGUCUCUGAUCUUCAGCGCGGGCAGUCUGGCUGAAGUACAUCCUCCCUGUGUGCUCCAAAGCUUUGUCAACCACGGCGCCGUCCUGCACAAGGUGUUCGUGGUCGGAGACAGACACUUCUGCGUAGAGAGACCCUCACUUAAGAACUUCCCCUCUGGUCCCUGCGACAGAGAGACGAUCUUCUUUAACAGCCACCAGGUUUCCAAACCAGAGUCCAGCUCUGAUCUCACAGAACUGGAUGAGCAGAUGCCGUGCCUUCCUCCUCCAAGCUCGGAGGCCGUGGCGGCCCUGGUCAGAGAGCUGCAGGUUCAGCUUGGCAUGGCCCUGUUCGGUGUGGACGUCAUCAUCAAUAUACACACUCAUACCCUCACUGUCAUUGACAUCAACAUCUUCCCAGGUUAUGAAGGAGUGCCGCAGUUCUUCUCUGCUCUGCUCAGCCAUAUCCAGACAGUGCUGGACACACAGACUUCUGCUGCUCCUCAGACGACAGACUCACCUGAGUCGACACAGACAGCCUCUGCUGUGACCACCAGCCUUUAG